AUGUUGCUUGUAGAAGAUGGAGAUUCUCCUACUGAAGAAGAUGAUGUUUUACUUUUAAAUCAAGAAAAUUUUGAUGAAGUUAUUAAUUCAAGAGAUACUGUACUUGUAGAGUUUUAUGCUCCAUGGUGUGGUCACUGUAAAAGUUUAGCACCAGAAUAUGCUUUGGCUGCUAAAGAAUUAAAACAACUAGCGCCUCCUAUAAUUCUGGCUAAAGUUGAUGCUACUAUUGAAGAAACUUUGGCUACCAGAUUUAGUGUAACUGGUUACCCUACCUUGAAAUUCUUCAAAAAUGGAAAUCCUCACGAUUAUGAUGGUCCAAGACAGAAAAAUGGAAUUGUAUCGUACAUGAAAGAAAGAGGUAAUCCGUCAUGGAAGCCCCCACCAGAGGCUGUGAUAACAUUAAAUACAGAUAACUUUGCCGAUACCAUAAACAAUGAGGAAUUGAUGCUAGUGGAAUUCUAUGCUCCUUGGUGUGGCCAUUGCAAGCAGUUGGCACCAGUUUAUGAAAAAGCUGCACAAGAACUGAAAAAAGCUACUCCAGCAAUUCCAUUAGCUAAAGUGGAUGCUACUCAGAAUACCGAAUUAGCUAAAGAAUAUGGUGUCACUGGCUAUCCUACAUUAAAAAUAUUCCGUAAAGGUCGACCAAAGGAUUAUGGUGGUUCAAGAGAUCAACGUGGUAUUGUAAACUAUAUGUUGUCUCAGGCAGGAGAGGCUGCUCGUCUUCUCCCAACUUUAUCAGCUUUAAAACGAUUCAAGCAGCUUCAGUUUAUCACAGUUAUUGGAUUCUUUGAUAGUGAAGAGGAUCCUAAUCUAAGAAUCUAUAUGGAUGCAGCAAAUGAUAUGCGAGAUGAUUUUACCUUUGGUUAUGUAUUAGAUGACAGUAUAAGAAAUGACUAUAAAGUCAAUGUUGGAUCAGUAAUAGUUUUAAAUCCAGAAAGGUUUUUCACUAAAUUUGAGCCUAAAUGGCAUGUUUUAAAUAAGGCUGAUCUUAGUGUUUCCGACAUAACAGAGUUUGUAAAAAAUCACCAGAUACCAUUAGUGGGUGAAUAUUCUACCUCAACACAGAAGUUUUAUGGUGAUUUCAAGCCACUAUGUUUAGUAUUUUAUACUGUUGAUUGGAGCCAUGACCAUAGGGAAGCGACUCAACUAUGGCGUAAUAAGAUAGCCAGUAUAGCUAAAGAUUAUAAAUCUGUAACAUUUGCCGUGGCUGAUGAAGAAAGUCAUGAUCACUUGUUGAAAGAGUUUAACUUGGAGGACUCUCCAGAAGAUAUUAAUAUUGGUAUUAUUGGUAAAGAUAAUAAACGCUACCGUAUGGAACCCAUGGAAGAUUUUGAAUCUGAUGAAGUUCGGGAGUUUUUAGACAGUUUUAUUGCAGGAAAACUGACCUAUGAGGUAAAAUCACAACCAGUACCUAAAAAACAGUCUGGACCACUUAAAGUAGUUGUUGGGAAAACAUUUAAAGAUAUAGUUCUGGAUAAAUCGAAAGAUGUGUUAAUAGAAUUCUAUGCACCAUGGUGUGGACAUUGUAAGAAACUUGAGCCUGUUUUUAAUAAAUUAGCCAAACAAGUAAAAGAUCAGAAAAAUUUAAUCGUUGCAAAACUAGAUGCAACUGCAAACGAUGUGCCGGACGAGUUUAAAGUUCAGGGAUUUCCGACGAUAUAUUUUGCUACAGCGAAGGAUAAAAAGAAUCCUAUUAAAUUUGAUGGUGGUCAGCGCGAAAUUGCUGAUUUUGAAAAAUUCAUGCGUGAACAUGCAACAGUUAGUUUUGGUAAAAGUUCAAAAGAAGAAUUAUAA